AUGUCGACUAAGCCGAUCUUUGUGGCUACGCAUCCGCGUGCCUGUUCGACGGCGUUUGAGCGAGUCUUUAUGACUCAGCGAGCUACUAUCCAGUGUGUCCACGAGCCGUUUGGCGAUGCCUUCUACUACGGUCCAGAGCGUCUCUCCGACCGGUUUGAAGAUGACGAACAGGCUCGUGUUGACAGCGGAUUCAGCAAGUCGACAUAUCUCACCGUGUUGGAGAGACUAGAACGUGAAGCUUCAGAGGGCAAGAGAGUCUUCAUCAAGGAUAUCGACCACUAUCUGCUUCCGCCAGCCGGAAAACCCGCCAGUGUGGCUCCUUCGCUGCGUCGUAUCAAGCGCGGUGUCGGCACCACCAACGGUGAUGACCAUGCCCCGGCCAAUGGGGUGAAUGGUGCCGCAAAUGGCACCACCCACGCCAACGGCUAUGCUACCGCGCCGACCAACGGCGUUGCCAAUGGCACGUCCAACGGUAUCAACGGCACGGCGAGCAACGGCGUUACCCACAGGGUCACCAACGGCAUCACCAAUGGCAUCCACGAGGCCAGCGGCCACGGCACCAACGGCGUCUCACAUUGCCCAUACCCGUACGACACACCCGCCGAGGCAGGCAACCCCACCGUCAUGCCGCGCGAGAUCCAGGAGCGAUUCCACUUCGCCUUCCUCAUCCGCGACCCGCAUUUCAGUGUGCCCUCGUACUACCGGUGCACGAUCCCACCCUUGGACGAGGUGACCGGGUUCCAUAACUAUGACCCCCGCGAGGCCGGGUAUGACGAGCUGCGGCGACACUUUGACUACCUCGUUCGCGAGGGACUCGUAGGACCGCGGGUAGCGACCCGUCCGGACGUCAAGGCUGAGAAUUGCGGAGCCAAGGAGACCAUCCAUGAGAUCUGCGUCAUUGAUGCGGAUGAUAUGCUGGAUGCACCGGCGGCGACGAUUGAGGCGUUCUGCAAGAGCGUUGAUGUGCCGUAUGAUGCGUCGUUGUUGACGUGGGAUACGCAGGAGGAUUAUGACUUUGCGUGCCAUUGCUUUGAGAAGUGGCGUGGGUUCCAUAACGAUGCUAUUGAGUCGAAGGCACUGGUUGCGAGAGCGCAUAAACGGGCCCACAAGACCGAGGAAGAGUUCGAUGCCGAAUGGACCAAGAAGUAUGGUCCCGAAGCAGCAGCUCUCAUCCGCAAGGCCGUCGACGAGAACAUGGAGGACUACCUGUAUCUGAAGCAGUUUGCCGUAAAGGUCUAA